UACAAAUCUUUCAACAAAUACUCUCGAUGCUUAUUUCUUUAAAGCUUUUUAUUAAAAAAAUAUGUGCGAAAUAAACAAUCACUUUUGUUUCAAAAAGAGCUUUUAAAAAGCAGCGAUCGUUCUGUUUAGAUUGGAAUCGCGUCUGCCUCGGACUGGGUCUGGUCCAGUGCUCGACUUUAGCUUGAUCCGCGUAAAUGUGUGUACAUAUAUUUGGCAGCCUGCCCGUCCGGCAAACAAACAUCAUAAACAUUUUGAGAGUACCGAGAAUCGAGCAUUUCGAGAGCACAUCCCCACAUGUACGAUUGAGAUUGUGUUCGAACGGAGAGAGGGAGCAGCGCACUCAGAUCAGUCAGUCCAAGGAGCAAGCACGGACCAGUCCACGCCCCGGGCAGUCGCUAAUUAAGUUCGGGAAGAAAAAUCGUUUUAAAAAUCAUAUAACUUUAAAUACUUUCCAAAUACUUGCGGCAUGUUCAAAGUGUCGCAGGAGAUGCGUCUGAAUACCCAGGCAGCGGCUGCCACCGCCUGCAGCCCGGGCGGGAACAGUGCUCUGGAGGGCCAUAGUCCGGAGGAAGGCGGUAUUUUUGGACGCUACCAGCGCACGCCCGAUGCGGAUGCUUAUCCCGCGGAGCCGCCGCGGGUUUAUGUGGCCCCCGAACUGACCGAUGCCGGCAAGGUGCAGCUCCUCCACUUUCCCAGUGGCGCAGUGAGGGUCAAUAGCUCGGUUAGCUUCGUCAUCAGACGGAACGGGGUCAAGGGAAACUUUGAGGUGCGCGUAGAGGGUCCCAGUGGACAGCCCAUCCAGCCUGUCCAGCUGCAGCAGCUGGAUCCGGAACGCUUCCAGAUCGACUGCCAGUUGGCAGCCGGGGCUGGACUCUAUAAGGUCCACGUUAAGUGCAAUUCGGUGACUUUGCCCAGGUCGCCGUUCAUCAUUGUGGCCAUAGCUGGCCUUGCUGAAUCUGUGGAAGGAAAACCAGCAAACUCGGCAGUGCCCAUAUCGGAGUCGGAUGCCAGCAAGGUGCACAGCCGGGGCCUGGGUCUCACCCAUGUUAGUUUGUUGGAGCGCAACGAGUUCACGGUGGACUGCAGUCAGGCGGGCAGCAACAUGCUUCUGGUGGGUGUCCUGGGACAGCGAGGACCCUGCGAGGAGGUGACGGUUAAGCACUUGGGCCGUAACAUCCAUCGAGUGACCUAUCGGGUGUGCGAUCCUGGCGAUUAUGUCCUGGUGGCCAAGUGGGGCGAGCACCACAUACCAGGAUCGCCGUUUAGCCUAACCGCCGAUUAAGUAUUGUAAUAAAUGUUAGUUUCCGGUCCUGUACAAAUG